AAAAAAACAAAAAAUGUGGGGAUUAAAUUGCAAAAACCAAAGUUUUGGCACGAGUAACAGUUCAUCACUACUUCUUUUCUUCUUCGACGAUCCCAUACGGCUGCACACACCACAUCCGCUUUCACUUCCUCUCUUUUGUGUUUGUGAACGAUCACUAUAACGAAGAUGAGGAAGCUCAAUCGUCCCACCGGUCACCGAAUGUCUAUGCUCAGAACAAUGGUUUCGCAGUUGGUGAAACACGAAAGGAUUGAAACUACUGUUGCUAAGGCAAAAGAAAUCCGUUGUCUUGCUGAUAACAUGGUACAACUCGGAAAAGAGGGUACUCUUUGUGCUGCAAGGCGUGCUGCUGCCUUUGUGCGGGGAGAUGAUGUCCUUCAUAAGCUAUUUACAGAACUGGCUUAUCGAUACAAAGAUAGAGCAGGUGGAUACACAAGACUGCUCCGAACUCGCAUACGAGUUGGUGAUGCAGCACCAAUGGCCUAUAUUGAGUUCAUAGAUAGAGAGAAUGAGCUCAGACAGGCAAAACCACCAGCCCCCCAACCACCACAGAGACCACCUUUGGAUCCAUGGACGAAAUCCCGGCUUAGCAGGCAGUUUGCACCCCCCAAAGAGGAUAAAAGUUCUGAAUCUGAUGCUUGAAAUAUGUUCUUAAAUUUGUCAUUCAUAGAUUUUUUCUUCUCUUUCAUUUUAUUUUGGUCAUGUUAUAUCGUCAAGCUCCUCAAAGGUGGAAACAUUCAAGCUUUAGAAUUGUGAAGCAGAAUUUUGAUUAAUUGACAAAAUAAUGUCGACGCAACUAUUUCAGUAGUGCUAGUAAUUUUUGAAGGCUAGGUUUAAGCUCUCUUAUGGAGUGCCUUUGGGACUUUGAAGCUAAAAUGUAGGUUGUGUUUCAGAAUAUGUUUGAGCUUUGACUGGUUCUUCUAUAUGGGAUUGCAUACAAAGCAUUGUUGAAUUAUACAAAGCCAAAAUAAACUUCUCUUAAUCAUGCUUUUACCAGCUA